GGCUGUCAGAGAUCCCCCUCCCAGCAUGCCGCGCGCUGUCAGCCUUAUAUAUCUCGAUUGGAGCCGCUCCGCGGAGGACGGGCAGGGCAGCAGGCUGUGGGCAUAGGGACCGGCCUGCCGCCAGCCGCGGCCAGCAGCCAGUGCCCAGGUGCCCUAUACUCUGAGUUAUUUUGAGCUGAAGAAGCUUCAGGCUGCCAGAGGAUUCAGCUGUCUUGGGGUAGGAGGGCUACGCCUGAAGAGUUCAGCAGGCUGAGCUCAGCAGAAUGGAAAAGAAACUGAAGAAUACCAGGAUCAUCUUUGUGGUGGGUGGACCAGGCUCAGGGAAGGGGACCCAAUGUGAGAAGAUUGUUGAGAAAUAUGGCUAUACACAUUUAUCCACCGGCGAUCUCCUCCGGGAAGAAGUCAGCUCUGGCUCUGAUAGGCGCAAGAAACUGUCAGAAAUCAUGGAGAAAGGACAACUGGUACCCUUGGACACCGUGUUGGAUAUGCUCAGAGACGCCAUGAUUGCCAAGGUUGAGAAGUCCAAGGGCUUCUUGAUAGAUGGCUACCCUCGGGAAGUGAAGCAGGGAGAAGAAUUUGAAAAGAAGAUUGGCUCCCCUACACUGCUGCUCUAUAUAGAUGCUGGCUCAGAAACCAUGGUGCAAAGAUUGCUGAAACGAGGGGAGACCAGUGGACGAGUAGACGAUAAUGAAGAGACCAUCAAGAAACGGUUGGACACGUACUACAGUGCCACGGAGCCAGUCAUCAAAUUUUAUGAGGGUCGGGGUAUUGUGCGCAAGAUCAAUGCUGAAGGCUCAGUGGAAAGUGUCUUUGAACAAGUCUGUACCCAUUUGGAUGCCCUGAAGUAAUGGGGUUUGGAAAACCCUGGUCAUCUCCCCCAUUUCAACGACGCUCAUCUCCCCCACUCCCUCCCACCCCAAGACAGGAGCAGCCGCCCCUCCUGCUUGCCCUUCCUAGCUCCUCCCCGACCUAGUUCUGAGCUCUGUGCUCAGACAGAGGAAGUGGCUUUAUCCUGUUUUCAUGGACACAACUUCACUAAAGGAAUCUCCAAGGACGUUUGGUUUUGGUUCUUUGAUUCAAAGGAAAGUUCACUGACAACGUAUCAACAUUCCCCAGCUCCAGCAAGCGCUUUCUUCUUUCCCUUUAGCCAGGGGCAAGAAUUCGGUCUGCCUAAUCCUCUCCAUACCCCAACCUCCUCAGCCUUAUAGCUAGGACUACAGAGUGGUCAAUGGAAGGGUACACAUUGGGCUACUUUGCUUCCCAGCCCACUAGGGAAGACCCAUGGUCACCUCCUCUCAUCUGUCAGCAUUGUUCUCCCUGAGUGCCCGCUGUUAUCAUUCUUUCACCAUGUUAUAGUGGAGUGAGGGACUUAGGAAUGGGUUCUGUUUCUACCACUGUCUAGUUGUAUGACCUUGGAUAUCCCCAUCUGUAAAAUUAGGGGAUGGGAUCGGAUGAUUUUUGAAAGUCCCUGCCAGCUCUGAAAUUCUGUGACUUCAUAGAACUUGGGGCACAAAGCCCAGGGACAAAUGAAGGGACCUUCACUCUUCUGCUUAACUGGGAGGCAGUGAUGGUGAUGGGGAUGUUGCUGGAAAGAUAGACCCUCAACUCAUGGCCUAGCUUCCUGGAGAUAGGUUGAUGGCUUUUUCUGGCAAGUGGAUAAGCAUCUAUUGUAUAUUCAGCCGUGUGAUAGUGCCUUGGGGUGGGGGUAGACCAAGGGGUAAGUAGUUCAGGUCUCUGUUGUAGUAACAAAAAAUUUCCCUGGGACUUACCACAUCCUCAAGCUAUGGUACUAUAUGUCUCCUCUCAAUACUUCUACUUUCUUACCAUCCAUUCACUCUCAGCCCCUUACAGUGUGGUUUCUAUCCCAAUCACUGUCCUGAAAUAGAAUGUGUCUUGUUCUGGUGGAAAGAGCAUUGGUUAUGGAAUCUGAGGACGUGGCACUGCCACUGUGUGACCAAUAGACAAAUCCCUUCCCAUCCUUAGGCAUCAGUUUCCACUUUUAUAAAAUUAGGGAGCUAGACUAAUUAUCUCUCCUAGCUUUAAAUCCUGUGAUUUUCUCCAAUGAUCUCUUUUCUUUAAAACAAUGUUUUAUUGAUAUCUUUUGAUAUCACCUACGUUUCCCAAUACGUUCCUCUACUCUCCUCAGUCCCAGAGCCAUUCCUUAUAGCAAAGAAUGGGGUGGGGUGGGGGAGAAAGAGAGAGAGAGAGAGAGAGAGAGAGAGAGAGAGAGAGAGAGAGAGAGAGAGAGAGAGAGAGAGAAGAGAGAGAGAGAGAAACAGCUUAGCAACACUAAUAACAGUCAAAAAAGUCUGAUUAUACGCAGUGUUCCCUAACUCUUCAAACAAGGGUGGAGGUGCCUUGGUGCUUUCUCAUAUCUCCUCUUUGGGGCCAAGUUUGAUCAUUAUACCUUUGCUGCAUUCAUUUUCAGUUGUUUUACUGUUGCUGAGCUCUCCAUUUCCAUUGCAGUCAUUUUGUAGUACACAUUGGUUUCCUGCUUCUACCCUACUCUGCAUGGUCCUUAUUAAUCUUUGGAGCUAUUCUGUAUGCAUCAGCAAUGAGUUUGUAAUGGCCCCAUCCGAUGGCCUCUUCUCAGUCUACAUCCUCCUUGACCUCUGCAGCUUUUGAAUACACCUCAUCACUUCACAGUUCUUGACAGUCUCUCCUCCGCUGGUUCUUUUGCCUCUGACGACUUUCUCACUAUUUCAUAGGCUUCUUCCCCCAUCUACACUUAAGUGUGGCUGUCUUUCCUCAGCCUGGUUCUCUGUUUUUCUUCCUUAGUGAUCUCCACUUUUAUGGCUUUAAUUAUCACCACCUUCCAGAUGGACUUUUAAGUAUAUUUUAGGUUCUUCAGUGAGCUCCAUCUCUUGUGGCCUGCUAGAUAGCCUUAUCGUGAUGAUUUUGAAGGUCUUUAUCAUCACUAAAAUUCUGGGCUCUAUAUUCUUAUUUAGGGAGGGGGAAGAGAAGUUGGCUGACUCUCCAAAGAACAGCAGCCUACUUAUCUCAAACCCAACAUACCUUGAAUCGAUCUCAUCCUUAUCCCCUCCAAAUUUGCAUCUCUUUCCAACUUCCUUAUUUUUCUCAAUGGUAUCAACAUCCUAAAGGCAGCAUGUCAGAGUGUCUAUACUGCUGGACUUAGAGCCAGGAAGAUCUGGGUUCAAAUCUUACCUCAGCUAUAUAUUAACUGUGUGACCCUAAGCAAUAAUAUCAGUAGCAAACAAUUAUAUAGCGAUUACUCGGUGCCAGGCACUGUGCUAGGUACUUUGCAAUUAUCAUCUCAUUUGAUCCUCACAACAACCUUGGGAGGUAGGUGUUAUUAUGAUCCCCAUUUUGCAGUUGUGAAAAUUGAGGCAACCAGGUUAAGUGACUUGCCCAAGGUGGCACAGCGAGCAAGGAUCUAAGGUUGGCCUUGAACUCAAGCCUUCUUGACUGCAGGCCCAGAGCUCCAGCUGCCCACAGGGCCUGAUCACUUUACAGUUGCGUAAUGUUUGUUGACUUGACUCUUGUCCUCCUCCAUGUGUCAGAAGACGAGGCUGAGUUAGAGGGUCUGUUCCUUCCUCGCUGUAAAUGUAUGAUGGAUGACCCUGUCGCUCAGUCUGGAAAUACCAGGCUCCUCCCUCCCUCUCAGUUCUCAGGUUCUGUUGAUUAUCAUUCUAUGAGCACAGCGGCACAUAUCUUUUCUGUGCCUUCAUUCUCACUGCCAUCAGACUAAUUUAGAUCUUUAUCGACUCUGGCUCCCUAAUUGGUUUCCCUACCUCCUGUUUUUCCCCUCUCUGCCAUCCUUCACACUGUGGCUCACUUAAAUUUCCUAAUGGCAGCUAAGUGGCUCCCCAGUGGCUUAGAGCUCCAUAGUUAAGGUCAGGAAGACCCGAGUGGGAAUCAGACCUCAGAUACUUCUAGCUGUGUGACCCUGGGCAAGUCACUUCACUUCUGUCUGCCUUAGCUUCCUCAACUCUAAAAUAUGGGGAUCAUAACAGCACUUAACCUCUCAGCAUUGUCUUGAGGGAUCAGGUGAGAAAAUACUUGCGAAGUGCUUAGCACAGUGCCUGGCCCAGUAGGUGCUUAAUAAAAUUAAUGCUUGUUUCCUUACUUCCUAAUUUGCAAGUCUAAUCAUGUCACUCUGCUCACUGACCCAUCUUAGGUGCCACCUACUCUAUGCAGCCCUCCUUGAUUUUCUCCCCUCUGAAAGUGAUCUCUCUCUCUCCCUCCCCCCCAGAAUACUACUAUACUUGAAUCUCUCCUUUACCCCUAGCGCAGACUACUUUGUGUCCUACUCAUUUGUAUUAUGUGUCAUAGCCUAUGUAUUUGAUUGUAAGCUCCCUGAGGGGAAGUGUAGUCUUGUUUUCUCAUCCUUGUAAACCCAGCACUGAGCACAGGGCUUGGCUCAAUAAAUGUCUGAUGAAUUUG